AAAUUUUAUUUACAUUUUAAUAUUCUUGAUACAAAUUGAUAAACAGAUAAAGUACCCAAAUAUAUUCUGAUUUUUAACCAACAUGAGUAAACCAAUUGAAAAGGAUCCUUUUGUCCCCAUGUCCAUUGAGGAUAUUAUCAAAAAAUGUCAAAGUUUUGAUGUUUUGACUACGUUAGACAUUACGGAAACGGAUGUUGAGGGUCCAUUGGCCAAUAUUGAGCCUUAUUGUAAGUCACUUUCGGAGCUGAGAAUCGAGAUAAGACCGAAUCAUGAUGUCACCGAGUACGAACCAUUGGGCGGACUGCCCGAACUAAUGCACUUCAAUAUGAUUGGCCAACAUGAGCCGGGUAGUUUGGCGCCAUUUCUUAAGCAGUCAGCUAAAACAAAUACCCUCUCGAUUGUGGAGUUUGAUAAUGCUGAGCUUAAUAAGGAGGAAGUGGUUGAAUUGACCUCGAUCAAAUCGGUGCAGAUAGUGAAAUGCGGCUUCACUGAUCAGCAGUCUAUUGGCCUCCUGACCACAAUGGCUAAUCUUCACACCUUGAUAAUAACCACUGAGCUAAAUAUUGAUAUUAUGAUCCAAGUGGUUGCAAUCUUCAAGAAUGCCAAAAAAAGAAUGCGCAUCCAGUUGAAACAAGAGGAUUCUGAGUUCCUACUGCAAUGGCAGUCCCAACAAUUAGUUAUUUAUGUCUUGGAUGACGAUCCCAUCGAUAUGGCCAUGCUGGCUCCAAUAUCAGAUCUUCAGGAUAUAAAAUACCUUACCAUACGAGGACCCCAUCUGAAUGGCUCGCUGGCUGAUCUUUUUUGGGGCUUCAACGCCUGUGAAUCGACCAAAUUGCAGGACUUGGUCAUUAGCAAUGGCACUUCCUUAACCAGCGCUGAAUUCUCUGCCGUGGCCUCCAUUAAAUCCUUGAAAGUGCUGGAAUGCGGAUUGGCGGACUCACCUAAUACCGAGCAGCUUUCAAAUCUUACCGAACUACGAGAACUUUGCAUUGAUGCCAGGUCCGAGGAGGACUCUUUAGAGGGUCUUUUUAGAGCCUUGGCCUCCAAGAAGGAACCAACUCUGCAGUACUUUAUUUUAACCGAGGGCAUGCUGAAUUACAUGGAAGCCGAAGAGCUGGCUAAAAUAAAAUCUCUUAAAUAUCUGGCUUGCAAAUUUGCAGAUAUUGAGAGCCUCAGGCAAUUAGAACAGCUGAAUAAUUUGGAAUUUGCCUACAUUAAUGUGAGGCAAAGGUACUUUCAAGCUUCCGAACAAGCGGAACAUCUACUAAACUUCCUUGGAUGCUGUCAAAAGGAGGUCCAGUUUGGCACUCGAGGGUGUUUUGUAACUUAUAAUGAACCCCAAGGUCUUCUCAAUGUGGCCUUUAAAAAGAAGGAAUGUGACGCCGCUUUGUGCUCUCAGUUGGGAAUGUUGAGAAAUAUCAAAAGACUUCGGAUAAGCGGUCGCCAUACUAUAGGUAAUAUAGAUACCCUGCUCGAGGGCAUACUCCUCCACAACGAAUUGGAUACGUUGGAGCUCAAUAAGCUCGAAGGGAACGAGAUACCCAUAGUGGCCCAGAUGAGUACUCUUUUGAAAAUUACUUCUGGCAUUCCCAAUGCAUUGAAUAUAAAUCUCCUGGCACAUUUGCCCCAUCUGAAAGUGCUUACCGUCACAGUACAUCACCCGGGAUCGUUGGAAAACCUGUUCCAUGACCUGGCUGUUCGGGAACUGCCCUCACAACUGGAGACUCUGGCGAUCCUGGGGGUUUAUCUGAUGCCCGAAGAGGUUGCGGAACUGGCAAAAAUAAGUUCCUUGCGACGCUUGAGGUGUGGCCUAGUAGACACCUUCGAUGAAUGGUCCUUAGCCGAGCUGAGCAAUCACUCUUUGCUGGAGGAGUUAAACAUUAGAUCGUAUCUAAGUGGUUCCCUGGUGGAGUUAUUCAAGGCCCUUCAGCCAAUGAACCAUUUCCAUCGCCUAGUGGUUCGGGGUUGCCGUUUGAGCAACAAGGAAAUGAAAGCCAUCAAAAGAAUACGUUCACUAAGGUCACUUCACUGCGGUUUGUCGAAUGCCAGGGAUAUAGGAAUGCUGGCACGUUUGCCACUUCUAGAGGAGUUAGUAAUCGAAGCGAUCACCGAAAUCUAUCACAAUGCAUUGGCUUUGUUGGCCCAAAAGGAACCACAAACUCUCAAAAAGCUUAGCAUCAAGAAUAAAUACUUGGGAGGAGACGAUUUUAAUAGCAUGGUUUCGAUGACCUGUCUGGAAUCCCUCGACUGUAUAGUAUACAAUGCUUUUGAAAUCAAAUGUUUGGCCCUCCUUAAUCUAACCGAAUUGAUCCUGCACUGUCCACAAGACAUUUCCAUAAGACCACUGCUUACCGCGUUGGCUGCCAAAGAUCCGCAGGUGUUCCACUCCUUUGAAUUAAAUAAAAAGUUUUUAAGAGAAAGUUCCACUAGACUGCUUGUCCAAAUAAAAUCUCUACGGAUUCUGAAUAUGGGCUUCAGCGAUUCGGCAAGCUUUGAUCUGCUGAACCAACUUACUGAGCUGACAAUUUUGAAAAUCAAAAGUAAAACAUACCAUGUCAAGCAAAUUUUGAAGUUAUUUAAAAACUGCCUUAAACUGGAGGAGAUCCAUUUCCUAGAACGUAAUGAAGAAGUAAACAGUUGGUUUAUAAGCCAGUGCAUGGAUGUUCUAAAGACUGUUCGAAAUCCCCAGGAACAGAAACCUUUAAAGAUGUAUUGUCACAGUCUAAGUUUUCUUUCCUUAGAUCAGGAACACAGCGUUGAUUCAUCAUUUUUGAUCAUUGAUAUACAAAAACAUACUCCUCUUGAUUAUUUCCAUGACGAAAUUUUCAAGGAACCUUCAGAUGACAGUACUGAUAGCGAUGAGCCAAAAAAUGAUUUCCCCGGGUUCCUUGAAGGAAAUAGCUCGGAGGUGCCUGAAGACACUGAACCCGACAGCACAGUAAUGGAUGUUUGUGAAGAUUGAUUACUUA